UUUGUAUUCUUAAUAUUAAAAAAAUAUCUCAGCUUGGACUCAUACCACCCACAAGUAAUUGUGAAAUUCAGUAUUCCUAUUAAUAAGAAAACGUUUUCUUUUUACAUAUUUUCCUAAGAUAAGAUUGAUUUAAUAUCAUUGUACUGAGGUGACACUAGAAAUACCAGAGAAUCCAUAGGUUCCUCGCGACUUUAAUUAAUUUCCAUCUUGGUUGUCCGCAGAUAAAAGCUGUCGAGCAGCUACAGCAGUAGACAAUGCGGGUGUGGGGUGCUCAUGGAGAGUUCUGCGCUCGACACCAAUGGGAGGUGAUCGUUGCAACACUCGCCUUGCUAGCUUGUGCAGCCAGCGUGGAGAGACACGGCGCCGGAUCCAAAUCCGAACGGUGUGCCGGUUGGGCUAGAGCUUGCCCAGGACUAGAAGCUGAAUACCAGGCAGCUGAUGCCGUUAUCAUGACUAUUGUCCGCUGCGGAGCUCUCCUUUACGCGUAUUACCAAAUCUCGAAUCUACAAAAAAUUGCUUCCAAAUACCUCCUCUUCGUUGCUGGUGUAUUCUCCACUUUUGCCAGCUUUAUAUUCACCUCCGCUCUCGCUGGAUUGUUUUGGAGUGAGCUGGCUGGUAUCAAAGAUGCUCCGUUCCUGUUUUUAUUGGUCACAGAUGUGGCCAGAGGUGCGAGAAUGGCCAAAGCUGGUUGGUGCGCCGGAGAAGACCAAGGUAAAAGGGUGGGAAGAGCUUUAUCCUUAUUAGGCCCGACGGCUACGUUAGACACGUUAUUAGCAGUACUAUUAGUAGGAGUUGGAGCUCUGUCAGGGGUCCCAAGAUUAGAACAUAUGUGCAGUUUCGCAUGUCUUGCUCUCUUAGUUGACUACUUGGUGUUUGUUACUUUCUACCCUGCUUGUUUGUCUUUAGUGGCCGAUUUUGCUUCAGGCAGGAAAGACAUAGUUAGGGACAGCCCCUUUUCUGAGGAGGAUAUGAAACCGAAUCCUGUAGUUCAGAGAGUGAAAAUGAUAAUGGCCGCUGGUUUGCUGUGUGUUCACUUGACUAGUAGAUGGCCGUGGAGUGCAGACAGUGGCAUAGCUGAAGGUCCUAAUGACAGCAUGACUCCAGAAACGCAUAACAAUGUGUUGCUUCACUCCUAUGUGAAAUGGUUUUCUGUUAGCGCUGAUUAUAUCGUUAUAGCGACGUUACUGUGCGCCCUGAUAAUAAAAUUCAUAUUCUUUGAGGAGCAGAGGAAUUGGGUUAUAGACAUGAAUGAUAUGACUGUUAAAGAGUUGGUUCAAAAGGAUAAGGAAUAUGACGGAUCACACAGGAAACCAUUGUUUUCAGUAGGGGAUGAUUCAGGCUCUGAAGUGUCGACUCAAACCGAGUGUAUGGCUUCUGUAGAAGACGAUCUGUGGCCCACAUUAUCACCUAGUUCUUCGGCAGCGAAACUAAACGCUAAAAAACGUCCAAUGGCGGAAUGUCUAGAAGUGUACCGUUCAGAGGGUGCUUGUACAUCCCUUAGUGACGAAGAAGUCGUAAUGUUAGUUGAACAAUCACAUGUACCUUUGCAUAAAUUAGAAACAGUGCUAGGAGACCCUCUGCGUGGAGUCAGACUAAGGAGGCGCGUUAUCGCCAUGAGGUUCCAAACUGAAAAUGCGAUUAAACAACUUCCAUAUUUGAAUUAUGAUUAUAGUAAAGUGUUAAAUGCCUGUUGUGAGAAUGUUAUUGGGUAUAUAGGUAUCCCGGUUGGAUAUGCGGGUCCUUUAUACGUUGAUGGAAAGCCGUACAUGAUUCCUAUGGCGACGACAGAAGGAGCUUUAGUGGCGUCAACGAACAGAGGUGCGAAAGCGAUUGGGAUUAGAGGAGUAACCAGUGUGGUCGAGGAUGUUGGUAUGACCAGAGCACCGGCUGUCAGGCUUCCUAACGUAGUUCGAGCUCACGAGUGCCGUCAAUGGAUGGACAACAAAGAAAACUACGAAUUAAUUAAAGAAGCGUUCGAUUCCACAUCGAGAUUUGCUCGUCUUCAAGAAGUUCACAUAGGCGUCGACGGUGCAACUCUUUAUCUACGUUUUAGAGCCACUACUGGCGAUGCUAUGGGUAUGAAUAUGGUAUCAAAAGGUGCUGAAAAUGCUUUAAAAUUGUUAAAAAAGUAUUUCCCUGACAUGGAGGUAAUUAGUCUGUCCGGCAAUUACUGUUCGGACAAGAAAGCAGCCGCUAUAAAUUGGGUAAAGGGCAGGGGAAAGAGAGUAGUAUGUGAAACUAUUAUCUCAAACGAAAGUUUAAGAACAAUUUUUAAAACGGAUGCUAGGACUUUGGCAAGAUGCAAUAAGAUCAAGAAUCUAUCUGGGUCCGCUUUGGCUGGAUCUAUUGGUGGAAACAAUGCGCAUGCCGCAAAUAUGGUAACCGCUAUAUUUAUAGCUACAGGACAAGACCCAGCUCAAAAUGUAACUAGUAGUAAUUGUUCAACAAGCAUGGAAGUUUGCGGGGAGAGUGGUGAAGACUUGUAUGUCACCUGUACUAUGCCUUCAUUGGAAGUCGGAACAGUUGGAGGAGGAACAGUCCUGACGGGUCAAGGCGCAUGCCUAGAAAUUUUAGGGGUGAAAGGAGCCGGUACUCGGCCAGCGGAGAAUUCAGCUAGACUCGCCGCUCUGAUUUGCGCCACAGUUUUAGCAGGGGAGCUGAGCUUGAUGGCCGCUUUGGUCAAUUCGGACUUGGUGAAAUCACAUAUGCGCCACAACAGAUCUAAUAUUAAUGUACAGAAUACAUCUAGUGUGGAGCUACGUUCUAUUUCUCUAGAAGUGCCUAGGUUAUAGCAGUUAUUAGUUAAUUUUGAGUUGCACUCAAACGAUUGAGGCUUAAAUCUUAUAUGCUUGGCUAUUACAGUCUUCUAAGCUGACGCUGAAUGUUUUGACAUCAUGUUAAGAUAAAGGCUUCGGUUAAGCUUUGGUGCUAGAGAAGUUCGCCAGUGUCGACAAGACAAUUAUUAUACUUUCAUAAGAUGCUUAUGACUUACUUUUGAUACUUUCUAAUGAGUUUUUUUCUCGUUUGAUGACGAAAAUAUUGGAAUCGUAAAAUAUGAGUUAAAAAGUUCUCUCUGGUUAAUGUACACCACAUUUAGCUACCUAGUGUCGUCAAACGCCUUCAAAAUGGGGUGAAUUUAGGCUCGUCACUUAUACAAUAAAUGAUGAAACCCUCCUCCAUCUACUUGACAACGUAAAAUGAAAUUUUAAUGAUAAAAAUUAUAAAAAUCUUUAUUUCUCAAUAUAUACUUUAGUUUAAUAUUGCUUUUCAAUAUAUAGCCGAGAUUUACCAGUUUAUAUAAUUUACAAAAUACGUAAUUAAUUGGUAUAUAAAAAUUGUUUUAUUUCAGAAUUUGCUUCAUAUUAGAUAGCUUUAAACAUAAUGAGUAGAGAUAAAAAAUAAUAUAUUCCACUAAUUGUUCAUUAAGGAAUUCAACCACAUUUCAAAGUACCGACAGUUUCAAAGAACAUAUCUUUGAAAAACGUGACAAAUCUAUAUUCGCAAGUCAGCCCCAUAUAUUUUAACAACUUUAAAUAAUAAAUCUGUGCUAACUCUUUAUCACCAGUUAUCUUAAUUACCGUUCAAAUUCAAUUAUUUUAAUUACCGUUGUCACUCACUAGUUAUUACUGAACAAAACUGAUGAUUUCUUGAAUCUUCGUUUUAGAAGACCAGGCCGACCAUUGAUUAAUUUAAGAAUCACUUUUUUAAAUACCAUAAGCUAUAAAAUACAACGCAGUGGGUUUCCGUCUGUGUCACACUGCGGGGUGCGGGCGCGCGGCUCGUCUGAUUAGUUGUCAUUUGUUGCGUUUUGAAAUUCAUAGUUCAGCGCAGAGGAAUCUGUGGAAAAUUUUAAUUUUAAAACACUUCCUUAUUUAAAUAUAAAGGUCUACCUACUAGGUUUUUCCAGGAUGGGCACAGUGAUUUAUAUUUGUCGAGGUUCAAAGAAAUAAAAUUUAGCAAUAAGAAAUAAAAUUAAUUUACUGAAUAUAAACUAGAAAUUCUCACAAUUGUAGAAAUAUUAUAUUGUGAUAAUUUUAGAAAUAUUAAAUUCGGCAGAAUGCCGUAAACAUCGCACGGGAGCAACGUGGUGAAAACUCCGUUACUUAAAAAUCAAAUAAUAUGAUACAUAGGUAUAAGUUUCAUUAGGUAUAACCGCGUAUUAUAGUCAGUAUUUUCAAUUACCUACCUAGUCUAUGGUUAUGCAGCCCAUGAAUAACGAAGCUUCUGAAGCCAUUUUGUAAUAAAAUUAUUUAUCUAUCUUAUUUACAAUAAUCAUGAUAAUAAGGAUUGCAGACUUUAAAAUUCUCGUUAUGGUUUUCUGUCGUGGUGGUCGUGGUUAUUCAAGGUGUUACAUUUCUCCGACAAUGUUUUUUUUUAACAAGGCUGCGUUCACAUCAAACUGAUUACAUAAAUUGAUCAUUAUUUUAUUCACACUACACUAAUAAUAUGUCAAGCGCCAUGACAGUACAAUACAGUAAGCGGCGACUCUACGUUUGGUGUGAAUAUUUGCUU